UAACCCUUUAUGCUCACCCCCACCCAGACUCCAUCCCGAAAGACACCCACUGGUCCCGCCUGAUCAUCACCGCCCUGGUUGUCAUGGUGAGCCUGGGCAUUCUAGUGGAGUCCGGAAGUCUCUGAGCAGGCAGUGCAGAGCUCUGCGCCCCGGGAGGUUCUCGUUGCUAUGGUGAUGACUCCGCGCUGGCCCUGUGCCACCAGUUUCCACGGCCUGGAGGAGGGUCCAGACCCCGCCCCCGGCGUCGGGAUUCGAGAGCUGCGAGCCAGUCCCGCGAGGUCCUCGUUGCUGUAGUGAUUUGCUGCAGCCCGCGCGCGCCGGAAGCUGGUCUCUGCAGCUUUGAAUACUGGAAGAAUGAGGUCCUCUUGGACCUCUUUGGGGCCCCCUGUGAGCCAGGACCGCAUCAUCACCAGCUUCCCUAAGUGGUACACAUCUGAUGCCUGCCUGCAGCUCAAGGAGCACUUCCACAGCCAGGUCAGCACUGCCUGCCAGCACAGGAACACGGGCACUGCUGGGCUCAAGCUCUCCAAGGUGGUGGUAGUUGGCGACCUCUAUGUGGGCAAGACUAGCCUCAUUCACAGGUUGUGCAAGAAUGUUUUCGACCGUGAUUACAAGGCCACUAUUGGGGUGGACUUUGAAAUCGAGCGCUUUGAGAUCGCGGGGAUUCCCUACAGCCUCCAGAUCUGGGACACAGCUGGACAGGAGAAGUUCAAGUGUAUUGCAUCUGCCUACUACCGCGGUGCCCAAGUGAUCAUCAUAACCUUUGACCUCACCAAUGUGCAGACGCUGGAACACACCAGGCAAUGGCUGGAUGAUGCACUGAGGGAGAAUGAGGCAGGCUGUUGCUUCCUCUUCCUCGUGGGAACCAAGAAGGAUCUCCUGUCGGAGGCAGCAUGUGAGCAAGCCGAAGCAGAGGCUGUGCACCUGGCCAAUGAGAUGCAGGCAGAGUACUGGUCUGUGUCAGCCAAAACUGGAGAGAACGUGACGGCAUUCUUCAGCCGUGUGGCUGCCCUAGCAUUUGAACAGUCUGUACUCCAGGACCUAGAGAAGAGGCCCAGCAGCCAGUCCCAGGUCGGAGAUGGAGAUGGAGACCUAAUCCGAAUAGAGGUACCCAAGACCCAGGAGAACAAGAGGCCACCUGGCCUGGGCUGCUGUUAGCUGGGGCCCACAUCAGAGCCAUCUCCUCCCUGCUCGGGCAUGGGGUGAUGUGGAGUCCAAGCUCUGCGGUAGAUCUGCCUUCAAGCUGGAGAAGGCCUGUGUCUCCGGGGCUCAGCCAUUUCUCUUUGGCACAGCCCCUCUGGGUGUGGGGCCCAAUAUUGUCUGGCUGGUUGUGGGGGGGCAGGCACUGGGGCGAACCUUCUGUACAGAGUCACUGUGGUCUCAAGAGGUUUCACGACUGUAAACUCAGGACACUCAGGGCUUGCCCCCAUCCCUUACCCACUCUUAUCUGAAGUCACCCUGGAAUUCUCCCUACUGACCCUAGACCAUCCCACCUGGGAGUCCUCUCAUCAAGAAGACAUGGAGGUCUAGGUCUUGCAGCUUCAACCCUAGAUAUCCGCUGUCCCUCGGCCACAGAAUCCCAGGACUCUGGAGCUCCACUGUUAAGCACAAUGGACAAAGUCCAUUUGGCCCCCUCAGCAGAGUCCUGCCUCCAUCUCUGAGAUUCCCCAUGGUCAGUGGAUGAGAAGGGAGACCUCUGGCCCAUCAGAAGACGAAUCGUCUUGACUACGCUGAGAAAUGACAAUUGCAUGGAGUCCCUCUGGCAGCUCAUUCUACAUCCCCGAGCCUGAUGCUGCCCUGUGCUGCCAUCUGUGUCCAUUCCUGCUUACCUACCGUGUGUCUCUCCAGCUGACCUGUGUAUCUCUCGGAACUUUGUCAAUGGUCUACAUAUCUCUGGAGGACUUGUGAUGUACAUGCAGACUCUAGUGUGUCUAACCCCCUCCAGCAUGACGCUCCUACUUGAGACCAGGGUCUUCCCCAACUCCUCACCCACUCCGUAUUCCUAUAGCUGGGUCCAGACCUGUGCAAUCUUGUCUCACUCCUGCCAUAAGAAGGUGGGCACAGCUGGCACUCCUAGGCACUGCUUCUCUCCCCCGGCCCCCACCCAAUACAGGCUUUCAGGUUCUCACAUAGCCCAUGCUGGCCUCUAGCUCUGUGUGUAGCUGAAUCUGACCUUGGAUUUGAUUUGCCCUCCAUCUCCCAAGUGCUGGGACUGCAGGCAGGUACCACCAGACCUAGGAACACCUGCUUCUCAAGAAUGGUAAACAUCUGCAGGCAGCCGUGUUGGUCAGUGCCCUUUUCUAAGUGCCUGGCAUACCACGCAUUUCCAUGAGUGUUCAUUAACUCAGCAAUGGCCAAACACCCGAGAACAGUGGCGUAUUUUCCUGUUCAAUACCAACAUUUACUAGCUUUACUUUACCUCCCUCCUCCAGUCCUGUCCCCUUCUCUCCUCUCUCCCCCUCCCUCUUGCUAAAACAAGGUGACACUAGGUAUACUAGACAGGCCUUGAGCUUGCACCGCCCCCAAGUGCCGGAGCUCUUGGGAGACACAGAGUCGCAUUCGACUCAAGCUCUUUUAUUUGAAGAAAGUAGGUUAAGCGUCUCUUUAAAGGAAUUGUGUUUGGUGUUAAACUAGGUGGUUAGCAUGUAAACAGAAAUACUUCUGCCCGAAAGUCAGUUGUAUUCUUUGAAGUGAACCUGGCUAACAGUUGAUAAAAUUCCUUCUGCGCUGUCCUUCCCCUCCCCUUCUGACUUGUUUCUCCAGAGUGCCCUUGUACUGUGCACACUGCCUGAUGGGCUACCUGCCCAGUGAUCUGCCCCCAUCUCUCAUGGUGGGUGUGUGCCAAGCCUUCCCAUACUUUAGCAAAACAUACCGUUUCUUUAGCGCGGCUAAACUGAAGUUCAUUUGACUUCCUUAUCUACUGGUCAGCUGGUUCGUGUCCCCCGCUGCUGUUAGCUCUCACCCGUAGCACUUUAGGAUUUCCAGAGGGUCUGGGCGGACUCCUCGCUGAACUGUGGCCCCUACCCAGGUCCACCAAGACACACAGGCCACAUUGUUGUUGCGUUAGGGAGGUCUGGGUCUAGCGGGUGUAGCCUAAGGCUUCACAGAGUGGAAGUAGAUGGCAGUGGUGACCUGAAGCCUCCCUUGUCCUUCCAGGACCUAGCAGAGUGAUGCAGACAGAGGGUGUCCUGUCAUGAGCUCCGGAGCUACAAGGACACUGCUUUGCAUACACCCAUGUGAUGUGAGAUUUCCCUCUGUAUGUUUGAAUACCAUUAAUGAAUAAAGAAACUGCUUUGGACCUAUAGCAGGGCAGAGCUUAGGUAGGCGGAGAAGAGAGAACUGGAUGCUGGGAGAAAGAAGGGCAGAGCCAGAGAGAUGCCAUGGAGCCACCACCGGAGAUAGACUGCUGGUAGGCCACGACCUCAUGGUGAUAUACAGAUUAAUAAAAAUGGGUAAAAUUAAUACAUAAGAGUUAGCCAAUAAGAAGCUAGAGCUAAUGGGCUAAGCAGUGAUUUAAUUAAUACAGUUUCUGUGUGAUUAUUUCGGGGCUAAGCUAGCUGGGCGACCAGGAACCAGCAAGUGGCUCCUCUUCCUACACCCAUGUCCCUGUAGAUUAGCAUUUAUUAAGCACUUCCUCCUCUGCCAUGCUUGAGCUUUGGGUCUGGUCCCAGCAGAAUCGGCCCAGGACCUAGUAGCCCUACCCUUCAGGCUCUCACACAUUUGUUCCAGGCAAGUGUUUGGAGUGGCCUGGAAAAGGAUUUAUUUGCAUUGACAAUUCAUCCACCCCUGCUUAGACUCUUUCCACCAAGUCUUACCCCAGCAUAGCCUGUUCCCUGAGUCUGGGUACGAUGCUCCCCCAGUCAUGCAGUGGUGGUGAUUCGGGCUCCACAAUGAUUGGAACAGCCACUCUUGUCCUGGAUGCUUGCCUCUACCUUCCUGGUCCUGUUAUGAGCCUCAGUGGCCUGGAGGAGGCCACAGGGAUCCAGCCACAACACUAUAUCCUAAGGGAUAGAGACCAUUCCCAGAUAAACUUAAUUUUCUAGAGGAACCCAGGAUGCCUUAAGCUAGAACUAUGGUAACUUAACACCUAGGUAUAUGAAUAUAGAGGUAGACAGAAUUGGUUAUAUUCAUAUAGUUAACUCUCUGUCUCCUCCCCCAUAUGUGUGUGUGCACAUGUGUGUGUUUAAGACAGACAGAUAGAUUGACCUAUUGUGUGAUCUAGGCCAGCCUCAAACUAAAAAUAUCUCCAGUCUCUGCCUCCCAAGUGCUGGAAUUUACAGGCAUAGAGCAUACUAAUUAUUCAGGAGUUUCUUGAGCCUCCUUUCAGAAUUUUUGAUGUGGGAUUCCCCUCUGUAUGCUGUGAAUAUGUUUUAUUACUAUUGGUUUAUAAAGAAGCUGCUUUGGCAUAUGGCAGGGCAAACUACAGGUAGGCCGGAAAACUAAACUGAAUGCAGGGAGAAAGAAGGCAGAGUCUGGGAGACACCAUGUAGCUGCUGAAGGAGACAGACACCAGAACCUCACCGGUAAGCUACAGUCUCAUGGUUGAUACAUGGAUGAAUAUAAGUGGGCUAAUUUAAGAUGUAAGAGCUAGCUAGAAAUACACCUGAGCCAUUGGUCAAUGUUGUAAUUAAUAUAGUUUCUGUGUGAUUAUUCGGAUCUGGGUGGCUGGGAGAUGAACAAUCUCCAUUUACAAAUUUUUCCAGUUAUUAAUCCCCCAGUCCACACAGUACUCACUGAGGAAUGUGACUCCAAAAAGUGUAGGCUGGGAACAAGAAAUAGCUCUGUGCACACAUAGCUCUAGGCCCUGUGAGACAGUGGCAUGUUGACAGGAAUGCUAGGGAGCGCCUCCUCUGAAUAAGAAGUGAGUCUGGAUGGGCCCUGGGCUGGCUUCAGAUAUUGCCCUGAGACAGGGCUCCCCAGAGACUCCUGGGCUCCUCUGCCAUCUGCUAUGGCCUCACGUGUCACUUCCCAUAUGUUAGGCCUUCCCCCUGAGAAAAGCUGAUGGCAGACAGAAAUACAGCCAUCACACUGCCCCCAUCCAGGGAGCACGGGUCCUUUCGUUCCUCCUUGUAGUUCAAUGCAUCAGUGAGAUUCAGAGCCACCAGCUACCUGUCUGAGCCUGUGCCCCACAUGUGGGAAAGGCUUUUUACUCAGCCUGCUUAGUCCUAGCCUUCUCGGACACAUAAUAGGGGUUGGAUCUGAGAGGCAAAGCAGACCUUGGGUUCCUUCCCUCAGCAGGGAAGACAUCCCUGACCUCUAGGUGUUCUGGGCCUCUGAUGAUGCAGAGUAGAACCCUGGACCACCUUACUGGGUAUCCCCUCACUAACAGGUUCGCUGCACUCGGCCUUUCUCCUGGUAUAGGCUGUAGACAAUUGCCGGGAGGUUGCACUGGCAUGCCAUCAAUAAUUAAUCCUGCUGAAGGGGGGCGAAGCUGCGGCUAAUGAGAGUCCUGCUCAGUCAUCGGGAACCCGGGCCAGCAGCUCCAAAGAAGACCUGCUGCCUAUUUGGCAAGGCUACCCUACCGAGAUCCCCGCUGCCUACUGUAGGCCAGGGAUUUGUAAGCUUGGAGGAGGUCCACCAGCCAAGGACUGUUGAGCACAGCAUGAGCCAGCAGGGCCAGAGAACUACUGUAUUGAUGCUGUUGCCUCCAUCUCCCUGAAGAUGACAGAUGACAUGAUGGAUAACAGAUGGAUAACACAGCCACAUCCCACUUGAAAGAGAGCCUUCCUCUUGCCUCCAGCAGGGAUGGAGAUAGGGGUGACGGUUGGGUAGAGAAGGAGUUAAAAAAAAAAAAAAGG